AUGUCUAACAGUAAAGCAGAGACAGCCGUUAGCACUGUUUGCGAGUCCGCCAUCGAUCUUGGAUGGCUUCCUGACAAAGAUACGAUCAGCCGGCUAGAGUAUGAGGAUGUAAAGGAGCAUCCAUUUCGCUUCUAUAGGGACUUCAUAUCGCAGAAUCGACCUGCUAUUAUCACUGGGGUGACGAAGGCGUUGGGUAUCGACAAAGUCGAUUGGAGCUCGGCCGUUGAUGCUGAUAGAGAAGUGAGUAUCAAUUUCACGCCCAAUGGCAGGGCUGAUGCAGUCUUGGAAAACAAGGUUUUUGCCAAGCCUUGUGAGGAAAAGAUACCGUAUGGUGAGUUUUGGGAGUACAUCACGUCUCGUCGAGAAGACCGAGGCAUCCCCUAUUUGAGCCAUCAGAACGACUCACUGAGACAAGAAAUACCGGAGUUGUUGGGGAGGUAUAUUCCGGAGAGGAUCCAGUGGUUGGACGAGACGCUCGAGACGAAGGUGGAUGCUGUUAACUUCUGGAUUGGAGACGAGCGCUCUCAUUCUUCGACCCACUCGGACUUCUAUGAGAAUAUUUUUACGUGUCUGAAGGGCCGAAAGGUGUUCAACUUGCUGCCACCUUGUUUCCUACCGCGCAUAGGUGAGGGUAGAUUCCCGGCUGCAACGUAUCAUCGUCAAGAUGACGGCACGCUGGAGCUUCAGCAUGAGGCUGAAGAUGUGGUAUGGGUGUUGAAGGAGGCGGAGGAACUCCCGGAGUGUCUAACGAUCGAGCUAGAUGCUGGUGACGCUAUAUAUCUACCAAGUUUGUGGCUUCACUCGGCGACUCAAAAUUGCCUGACGGUCGGCGUGAACUAUUGGUACGAUAUGGAUUUCGAUGUGAAGUACUGCUAUUACUCGAUGGUACGAGCCUUGAUGCCCUCCCCGGCGGCAGCGGUCAAGACUUGGCCCAAGGAAGAGGUUUCCACUUGGGUCAAGAUUCAUUUCCCGAACAUUGUGCUCCCUGAGAAGUUCUAUACGGCUCUGGACGGCCAGGGACUCGUCGACCUGGCGGAUGAUCCGCAGUUUUCUACGGAGGAAAAGUUGCGCUUUAUGGAGCUCGAGGACGAGUCAGAUAUAGCGACAGUCGCGGGGGGUAUUCGCAUGCUAUUGGAAGAGUGA